ACUCCUGUGUUGGGUCGCGGGGCAGGCAGACCCUUUAGGCCCUCGCUGGCUCUUCGCGGGUGGGGGUCACGGCGGGAGCUGGGGUUUGUUUCCCCGCUAGGUAGGUGGGUGUGGGGCUGGGGUACCCAAACGUGCCCUCGUGCGACGUGCCGUCUUGCAGACCCGCCACCCGCUCAGCCAGGCCGGAUCGGAGCGGCCCCCAUCAUGGGCUGGGGAGCCGGCGGGAGCUGCACCCCGCGCCCGCCCAUCCGCCAGCAGCCGGCAUCCGAAACCCGAGUGGUCGCUGUGGUCUUCCUCGGUCUCCUGCUGGACCUCCUGGCCUUCACCCUGCUGCUGCCCCUGCUACCUGCGCUGCUGGAGAGCCACGGCCGUGCGCAGGAUCCUCUUUAUGGCUCGUGGCAGCGUGGGGUGGACUGGUUUGCCGCAGUCGUAGGGAUGCCAGCCGAGAAGAGAUACAACAGCGUCCUGUUCGGAGGUCUGAUUGGCUCCAUCUUCUCCUUCUUGCAGUUCCUCUCGGCGCCCCUCACGGGGGCCGUCUCUGACUGCCUGGGGAGGCGCCCGGUGAUGCUGCUGUCCCUGGCAGGCCUGGCCACCUCGUAUGCCGUGUGGGCCGCUUCGAAGAGCUUUGCGGCCUUCCUGGCCUCCAGGAUGAUUGGGGGCAUCAGCAAGGGGAACGUCAGCCUCUCCACCGCCAUUGUCGCCGACCUGGGCUUGUCUGCUGCCCGCAGCAGGGGCAUGGCAGUCAUUGGGGUGGCCUUCUCUUUGGCCUUCACGCUGGGCCCCAUGCUGGGUGCCUCCCUGCCCGUGGAGACGGCGCCCUGGUUGGCUUUGCUCUUCGCGGUCUCCGAUUUGCUGUUCAUCUCCUGCUUCCUGCCGGAGACGCUGCCCCCGGAGAAGCGGGCACCGUCCAUCACGCUGGGUUUUCGAGCUGCUGUUGACCUGCUCAGCCCUCUGGCCCUGCUCUGCUUCUCAGCGGUGGCACGUGGCCCGGACCCGCCCACUGGAGUCAGGCUGGGCAGCCUGCGCCUGCUGGGCCUGGUCUACUUCCUCUAUCUCUUCCUGUUCUCGGGCCUGGAGUUCACGCUUAGCUUCCUCGUGCACCAGCGCUUCCAGUUCAGCAGCCUAGAGCAGGGAAAGAUGUUUUUCUUCAUCGGCCUCACCAUGGCCACCAUCCAGGGCGCCUACGCCCGGCGGAUCAGCCCUGGCGGGGAGAUCGCAGCUGUGAAGCGGGCCAUGCUGCUGCUGGUCCCCGCCUUCCUCCUCGUCGGCUGGGGGCACACGCCGCCCCUGCUGGGCCUGGGGCUGCUGCUCUACUCCUUCGCCGCUGCCAUCGUGGUGCCCUGCCUGUCCUCUGUGGUCGCCGGCUACGGCUCUCCCGCGCAGAAGGGCGUGGUCAUGGGCACGCUGCGGAGCCUGGGCGCCCUGGCCAGGGCUCUGGGGCCCAUGGUGGCCGCCUCAGUGUACUGGCUGGCCGGGGCUCGGGUCUGCUACACUGUGUGCGCGGGGCUCUUCCUGCUCCCCUUCUCCCUUCUGCGGAAGCUGAGGCCUCCGGCGGGGACGCUCAAGACCGAGUAGCUGAGCCACCCCUACCCCAGAGCAGGGCAGCUGAUGCAGGGAGUGGGAGGCCUGGGCCAGGACGGCUCCCCACUGCCCGCCUGAC